UCCGCCGUGGCCGCAUGCUGUUCUGACUGCUGCUGUUGUGUCCCUUUCUCGCACAGCAACCAACCACCAACAACCAACCCCACGCUGCUUCGUUUUGCGCACUGACAGUCGCCACCACAUACAGCCAUGAGCCGCACCUUGCCUGAGGGGUCCAAGGAGGCCUCCCUGUUCCGGAAGAUGCUGCGGAGCUAUGAAUCCAAGCAGUACAAAGCAGGGCUCAAGUGCGCCAAGAGCAUCCUCGAGAGGAAGCCAAAGCAUGGCGAGACCUUGGCCAUGCAGGCGCUUAUCACCAACGCCAUGGAUAAGCACGACGAGGCCAUGGAGCUGUGCCACGAAGCCGUGAAGGCUGACCUUGGCUCCGGUAUGUGCUGGCACGUCCGCGGUAUUCUGUACCGUCAGAAGUGCGACUACGACCAGGCCCUCCGCAGCUUCCUCAGAGCAGCACAAAUCGAGGCGGAGAACCAGACCAUCUUGCGUGACCUGUCCCACCUCCAAGUGCAAGUCCGCGAUUAUGAAGGCUUCCGGGACACGCGUCGCAAGUUCCUUGAGCUCCGCGGCGGCGUCCGCGCCUCCUGGCUCGGGUACGGCGUUGCACAGCACAUGACGGGCGAGAUUUCGGGCGCCAUUGAGACCAUGACGCAAUAUCUUGGGCUGCAGGACGACGCCAACACGAACGCGUACGAAACAUCGGAGAUGCACAUGUACGUCGUGAUGCUGAUGAUGGCGAACAACGAACACGACCGUGCGCUGACAUACCUGAACGACUACGAGGAGAAGAUUGUUGACCGGCGCAGUAUUGAGGAGACGCGCGCACAGCUCCUCCUCAACCUCAACAGGCACCAGGACCGCCUCGGGCAGCGGGACGAUGCGCUGGCCACCAUCCGCCGCGCCAUCGACCACACCCCGACCGUCGUCGAGCUCUACAUGGUCGAGGGCCGCAUCCUCAAGCACCUUGGGCGGCUGGACGAGGCUGCGACGCAGGUUGACUUUGCACGGCAGCUGGACACGGCGGACCGCUUCAUCAACUCCAAGGCCGCAAAGUAUCUUCUCCGCGCAGGCCGUAUUGAGGAGGGGCAGACCAUUGCUGGCCUCUUUGCCCGCGAGACGCGCAACACCGACCCCCUUAACCAACUCCGUGACAUGCAGUGCAGCUGGUACGAGCUGGAAUGCGCAAAGGCGUAUUUGGCAAAGGGCGACCUAGGCAACGCACUCGCCCACCUGCAUGCUGUGAAGAGCUUCUACAAGCAGCUUGUGGACGACCAGUUUGACUUCCACAGCUACUGCCUGCGCAAGGUCAACCUCCGUGCGUACACCAGGCUGCUCAAAUAUGAGGACGAGGCGUAUUUCCACAAGCGCUACGUGCAGACGGCCGCGUACGCCUGCAGCGUCUACGCAGAGCUCCACAACAACCCCUUUGGUUCCGCAAAGGAGCGCGAGGAGCAAGAGAGGCUUGCAAAGAUGAGCGAGUCUGAGCGCAAGAAGUACCUGAGCAAGCAACGCAAGGCAGCAAAGAAGGGGGCCGGCAAGGGUGCAAACCACCACAACGCGCGCGGCAAGAAGGGUGCCCAGCAGGACAACAAGAACAAGGACAAGGAGCAGAAGGGAAAGAAGAGCAAGACCCCGCAGUGGAACCCCAACGAGCUCGUCCAGACAUCAAAGGCGCUCGACGACGCCCUCGUCUUCCUCCAACCGCUUCUCAACUUCCCUGCGGUUGAAGGGAUGGAAUCGCUGCUUGAGCCUGCCGUCGAUGUUCUCGUCCGCCGCAAGCGCCCGCUCCUCGUCAUCAAGGCCCUCCGUACAAUGACCACAACAGACGUGCCGCGCCACGUGCUGAUUGCGUCUACGCUCAAGUUGAUGCGCUUCAUCUCCACCAAUGCCGACGCUAUCAACCCGACUGUCCGCGAGAUCAUCGACGAAGAGCUGCCGCAGCUGGUGGAGAACAAGUCCGAGCAGGAUCUGCGGAAGGAGCUUGAGGACCUUGCAUCCAAGUCGCUGGCAGCGUUCGCGUGCGCACAGUUGCUGAAGAGGAGCGAGGGUGUGUCGACGUCUGACGUGAUUGCUGCCAUCACAGACAAGGCCGCCUCCCUCCCCGCCACCCUUGACGAGGCUGCGGCGGUGUGGCUGAGCGUGGCAAAUGUGCAGGAUAUGCAUGCAGGCAAGAGCGAACUCCGUGCUGCUCUUCAGAAGCGCUUCCCCGAUGCCCAUGUCUUCACGCAGCACCAGCUGGGCGCCACAGCGUGA